CCCCGGGCUGGUCUCCUCCCCUACCCUCACCAGCCCCUCCAUCCUCAAGUGUGGGUCCCAAGGUUGGGCUCCGAUGAACACCUGCACAGCAGAUGCCACCCUGAGUGCCAGGGACCUACAGGAAGCUGCACUAGGUCCCGUGUUGUGGACAGGGUCUGUGGGAAGGGUGGCCCCAGUGCCACUCGAGGAAAGGCAGCAUCCCCGCCAGGCCUGAGGACUCCACAUGGGGUGAACGCCCGACCCUGGCUGGGCCUCCCUUUGGGGAGCAGCUCAGACGCCCCCCCUGGAGUAUGGUCCCCACAUUCCAUACCUGCCUAAGGUCCUUGGCAUUCUCGGGCCCUGUCGCGGUGCGGGAGUGGCUACCUGUGCACCCCACGGGCCUCCAGUUCACUGCCUCAACGUGGCCACGAGCUGUCGCCAGGACGGGCAGAGGUGCCGGGCACCUGGUCACUAGGGCAGCGACAUCACAAGGUGCGGAAGGUGGCGGUGGCCACGGAACUCCGUGGCCUCGGGCUGUUUCUGUGGUGCCUGCGGGCUCUGGGCUUCCACCUCUAUGGGGCUGCAGGAGCCGUGAGGGACAAGGAGGGACGUGUGCCCGCCAUGGCUGAGGGUGGUGAGCUGAUGAGCAGGCUCCUGAGUGAGAACGCAGACCUGAAGAAGCAGGUGCGCCUCCUGAAGGAGAAUCAGAUGCUGCGGCGGCUGCUCAGCCAGAGCUGCCAGGACGGCGGGGGCCGAGACCUGCUCCCCCAGAGGGCGCCUGCCUACCCCGAAGCCGGCUCCCCGGGCAGUGGAGUUCCAGAUUUCGGAAGGUUCACCAGUGUCGCUGACUCGCCCUCCCAGUUGCAGACAUCCUCCCUGGAGGACCUGCUGUGCUCACAUGCCCCUCUGGCCAGCGAAGACGACGCCUCCCCGGGCUGUGCAGCCCCCUCCCAGCCACACUUCAAGGCCUUCCUCAGUCCCCCGGAGCUGCACAGCCACCGAGGCACGGACAGGAAGUUGUCCCCACUCCUGAGCCCCUUGCAAGACUCACUGGUGGACAAGAGCCUGCUGGAGCCCAGGGAGGUGGUCCGGCCUAAGAAGGUGUGCUUCUCAGAGAGCAGCCUGCCCACCGCGGACAGGACCAGGAGGAGCUACUACCUCAAUGAGAUCCAGAGCUUCGCGGGCGCCGAGAAGGACGCGCGCGUGGUGGGCGAGAUCGCCUUCCAGCUGGACCGCCGCAUCCUGGCCUACGUGUUCCCGGGCGUGACGCGGCUGUACGGCUUCACCGUGGCCAACAUCCCGGAGAAGAUCAAGCAGACCUCCAUCAAGUCCCUGGACGGCUCCGUGGACGAGAAGAAGCUGCGCGAGCUGACGCAGCGCUACCUGGCCCUGAGCGCGCGCCUGGAGAAGCUGGGCUACAGCCGCGACGUGCACCCGGCCUUCAGCGAGUUCCUCAUCAACACCUACGGGAUCCUCAAGCAGCGGCCCGACCUGCGCGCGAACCCGCUGCACAGCAGCCCCGCCGCGCUGCGCAAGCUGGUCAUCGACGUGGUGCCCCCCAAGUUCCUGGGCGACUCGCUGCUGCUGCUCAACUGCCUGUGCGAGCUCUCCAAGGAGGACAGCAAGCCGCUCUUCGCCUGGUGACCGCCGCGCCGCCCGCCGUGCACCUGUGCGCUCCCGCCGGGCCGCGCCAUCUCGCGAACUCGCGGAGGGGAAGAGCCGCGCCCCCCGCGCGAGGCCGGAGCGGGCGCCUGUCCCGCCGCCUUGGGGCCCCCCGCCGGCCCUCCGCGAAGCGCUAGCCGCCCUUCAUUAAAGUCACCUGUUUGC